GGAAUAGUUCACAGUUGCUUUAGGUUUUAGAAGCCAGUCUGUGUUGGGGAAAGAAAAAAGACAUGGGAGCCAAUUUUUUUUUCUGGUCUGCUCAGAACUGCACUUCCUGCCAUGGUAAUCAGAAAAAUGCUAUGGCAACCUCAAAGUACGACAAGGCUGCUAGACCUGUCAAGACGCUCGGUAGUAACCCUUGCGGGGGAUCGCUGAUCAUCGGGGAGAAAGCAGGGGAGCUCGCCAGAUUCUCAGAGGCCCUCGUGGCCACGCCCUAAUAGGCCUCAGUUUCCACGUGUGAAAAAUGGCCACACCACCCAGAUUCCUUUCCCGACCGGGAAAUGCUGGAGUGCUUUGCUGCUACAGAAACCACCCGGGGAAGAGAGUUUCUUUCGGUUUUUAGCUCCAAGAAAAGCAAAUCAUCCUAACGCUGGCUUCCUUCGGCGCAGGACCAGACCACAGCUACGGGACGACAACCCGACAGGCCUCAUGGCGCUUAUGCAUACGAAGCUCACAGACAAGUGCACACAGACUGGGUCAAGGCCCGCUGUGCUUCAGCGUCUGGCUUGCACCACCGGCGAAGGACAGCUCGCACUACGCUUGCGCAAUAGCCGCGCACCGCCUCCAGCGCGGCCCCGCCCCUCCCUCUCCCUAGGCCGGGCCGGCCGGCCGCGCGGAGCAUUGUGGGACACAAACAAAGUGCCCCCAAACAGGCUGGAGUGAAACGAGCGGCUACGGCGGCGCCCGCCCGCCCGCACGCCCGCACGCGCGCUGCGGCGGCUCCCUCCCAGCCUCCCGUCCUCUCCCCUCAGUCCCUUUCCCCUUCCCCACCCCGCCCCGCCGCGGCCAGCGCGAGCGAGCCUUCGGCCGCCCUCGACCAACCGCCCCCAACGGCCGUCCGUGCGCAGCGGGCUGGGCCCCUCGCUCCUCCCCUCAGGCCCACGGGCGCCCGGCGCUCUCCUCGCGCCUCGCACUCUCGCACCUCGCGGCCACGCGGGUGAGUGGCGCCGCCAUGCGCGCCCAGUCCCAGGCUGCACACUGGCCUAGGAGCGGCGGCCCGAGAUAGGGUCCCCUGAGCCUCCCGGGGGAGGAGAGGAGCCAGUCGCGCGCUCCGCCCCCUCCCCCCGGGUUGCCGCCACCGCCGCUGCCUCCGCCACCGCCACAGCCACCGCCACCUCGCCGCCCCAGCCUGGCGGGGAAGAGGAGGAGCAGUUGCAGGCCUCCGGGCCUCGGCACCGCCGCCCGCAGGAUAAUUCAGAUUCAUUGCAUCCUUGAAGAGCAUCAAUAGAAGAGGGAAAAAAAAGAUGGGUGUGAAAACAUUUACUCACAGCUCCUCUUCCCACAGCCAGGAAAUGCUGGGGAAACUAAAUAUGCUCCGAAAUGAUGGACAUUUUUGUGAUAUCACUAUUCGUGUCCAGGACAAAAUCUUCCGGGCUCACAAGGUAGUACUAGCAGCUUGCAGUGAUUUCUUUCGAACCAAACUUGUUGGCCAAACAGAAGAUGAGAACAAAAAUGUGUUGGAUCUGCAUCAUGUUACAGUGACUGGCUUUAUACCUCUUUUAGAAUACGCUUACACAGCCACUCUGUCAAUUAACACGGAAAAUAUUAUUGAUGUUCUAGCGGCAGCCAGCUAUAUGCAAAUGUUUAGUGUUGCUAGUACAUGCUCAGAGUUCAUGAAGUCAAGUAUUUUGUGGAAUACACCUAAUAGCCAACCAGAAAAGAGUCUAGAUGCUGGACAAGAAAAUAGCUCCAACUGCAAUUUUACUUCUCGAGAUGGAAGCAUUUCUCCAGUGUCUUCAGAGUGCAGUGCUGUGGAGAGGACCAUUCCUGUCUGCCGAGAGUCCCGGAGGAAGCGCAAAAGCUACAUUGUUAUGUCUCCCGAGAGUCCCGUGAAAUGUAGCACCCAAACAAGUUCCCCCCAGGUACUGAAUUCUUCAGCUUCCUAUGCAGAAAAUAGAAGUCAGCCAGUUGACUCUUCUUUAGCUUUUCCUUGGACUUUCCCUUUUGGAAUAGAUCGAAGGAUUCAGCCUGAGAAAGCAAAGCAGGCAGAAAAUACCCGGACUUUAGAAUUGCCUGGCCCAUCCGAGGCAGGUAGAAGAGUGGCUGACUAUGUGACUUGUGAGAGCACAAAACCCACCUUGCCUCUAGGUACAGAAGAAGAUGUCCGGGUCAAAGUAGAAAGAUUAAGUGAUGAGGAGGUCCAUGAGGAAGUGUCCCAGCCUGUUAGUGCAUCUCAGAGCUCACUGAGUGAUCAGCAGACAGUGCCCGGAAGUGAACCAGUUCAAGAGGACCUUCUGAUCAGUCCACAGUCUUCCUCUAUAGGCUCAGUAGAUGAAGGAGUCACUGAAGGAUUGCCUACACUUCAGAGCACCUCUAGCACCAAUGCUCAUGCAGAUGACGAUGACAGAUUGGAAAAUGUUCAGUAUCCCUAUCAACUCUACAUUGCUCCUUCUACCAGCAGUACAGAGCGGCCAAGUCCAAAUGGUCCAGACAGACCGUUUCAGUGUCCAACCUGUGGGGUCCGCUUCACCCGUAUUCAGAAUCUAAAACAGCACAUGCUUAUCCACUCAGGAAUUAAACCAUUUCAGUGUGACUGCUGUGGAAAAAAGUUUACCAGGGCUUACUCGCUAAAGAUGCAUCGCCUAAAGCACGAAGGUAAACGCUGUUUCCGGUGCCAGAUAUGUAGUGCCACUUUCACUUCCUUCGGGGAGUAUAAACACCACAUGAGGGUUUCCCGGCACAUUAUCCGCAAGCCUCGGAUUUACGAGUGCAAAACAUGUGGCGCCAUGUUCACCAACUCUGGAAAUUUAAUCGUGCACCUGAGGAGUCUGAACCAUGAAGCAUCAGAGCUAGCAAACUACUUCCAGAGCAGUGAUUUCUUAGUACCGGACUACUUAAACCAGGAGCAAGAAGAGACCCUUGUUCAGUAUGAUCUUGGAGAACAUACUUUUGAAAGCAACUCUUCUGUUCAAAUGCCUGUGAUUUCACAGGUCUCCUCAACCCAGAAUUGUGAAAGCACUUUUCCCCUGGGCUCUCUUGGUGGGCUUACAGAGAAGGAGGAGGAACUGCAUGAGCAGCCAAAGACCAGUGCUCCUGCUGAGGCGCCCAGGGAUGACCCCCCUAAGGCAGAGCUGCCUGCUAUAACUAUUGAGUAAUUCUGUGAUUGGCCUGGGGUUUGGUUUUUUGGAAAGUGCCUGUGCUUGGUCUCAUAUGUUUAAAUUUAAUUUAAUUUUUAAAGAAGGGUUCCCUUUGUAAACCCUAAAACUGGAGGGUUCUAUGUUUUGUUUUGUUUUUUCAUAGCUGAGAGAUUGCUUCUGUAUGUAUACAAUAAGGUAACAUUGAAACAGAACAUAAACUUUGAGACUUAAGGAAAAGCAGCUGACUUAGAACAUGGCAGUUCUUCCUCCCAUUGUUAAAAGUGGGCAGCAGCAGAUACAAAAGAACUCAGGCUGUGGUUGACCUUCCUGAGAGAAGAGGGCUAAUGAGAAGUUAUUAAACAGUUUGACAAGGCCUAAGUAAAUGUGUACUCCUAAGUGCAGGGUGUUAUAAACCCUGUAGUUUUGGAAGUAUUUGUGGUGGGUUUGUUUUUGUUUUUGUUUUUUUCAGAUGAAGGUAAAUAACUUCUGAAAUCCAGUAUAUUCUUUUUUAAGCCAUUUUGAAUUUUCAUAGUGAAAAAUUAGUAUCAGGCAGGUAUUUCCUGUACCUUUAUAGCACCACUCCAGAGGCUAAGAGGUGUGGUUGAGAAGAGUCAGGCUGCAUGUGGAAUGGCAGGGUGCAGAACGAGGUACGUAUACCCAGCUUUGCAGAAACUCUCCUGAGACUUUCUCUUCCUGGUCAUUGAAUGCUGACACCUGGCUAACUAGGGCAUUGCUCAGAGAAGUGUCCUCGUGUCCCACCAACAGCACUUUCAUUUGCAUAUACUAUUGUGCUGCCAUAUAAAGGAGAAAUAGUGAAGAUAUUCUAUAUUUUAUAUAUAGGUUUAUGUAUUGUUGAGGAUGUCGAUGCUGUGCUGUUUUGGACAAAAUAAAAGAAUUCUGUUUUGAGGCUACAUUCUUAACCCAAUUAAGAUUGUUUACAAGGUCACAUAUGACAACAAUAUAAUGUCCUUAUUCCAAAAUAUUUUGAGGUAUUGCCAAGUUUGUUAAAAGCUUUCACGAGAUGUAAGCAAUAAUGUAAAAGAUACGACGAGGUUGUGAGUGAUCAUCUGUGACUCAGACAUGGAGGGAGGGAUUGUUAAGACCAGAAUCUUAAAAACUUUGCUACUCAGACGAUAACAUUUAUAUGAUAUUCUAGAUUGGGAUAUACUUUUUUAUCUUUUGCCAUUAAAGCCUCUUUGAUCUAAAAUAUUUAUGAAGCCACGAGUAAUGAACUUUUGUGUAAUUUUUUAUAUAGAAAAUAGCCCCAAUGUUUAUCGUUAUGAUAGCCCCUGAUGGGGUUAGAAGAUAAAAACAACAUUUUGUUUGUUUGUUUGUUUGUUUGUUUGACUUUGGACACUCUCUUUUGUUUUGUGACAGGAUCAUAGGUAGUCCAGGUUGGUCCAGAACUCAUCAUCCUCUUGCCUCAGUUUCCCAACAACCUUUGCUACCAUUAUAUAUUAUAGACACACAUCACCACACCCAGAUCAGACUAUAGUCUUAGUCAAACACCUGAUCUGACUUUUAUCCCAAUGCCAAACCUUACUUACUUUUUAUAUUAUAGUAAUUUGUUUCUUUAAAAUUUAUUAAUUCUGCAAUUUAAUUUCUGGUUUUUUGUAGGUUUUUUGGUUUUGUUUUGUUUUUGGGUUCUUUUUUUUUUUUUUUUUUUUUUUUUUUUUCCAAGACAGGGUUUCUCUGUGUAGCCCUGGCUGUCCUGGAACUCACUUUGUAGACCAGGCUGGCCUCGAACUCAGAAAUCCGCCUGCCUCUGCCUCCCAAAUUCUGGGAUUAAAGGCGUGCGCCACCACGCCCGGCUGAAAUUUAAUUUCUAUCUCUGUUCUUUUUUCUUCUUGAUACUGAGAAUUGCACCCAGGACUUUGUAUAUGAUGCGCACGUGCCCUGUCACUGGUCACACCCCCACCCUGAGUCCCAGUUGUUUUUUACCUGACUCAUGGCUGAUUGCUCCCAAGCAUAGGUGGGUAGCUUUCAGAAAAACCAACUAGGAAAGUCAGUCAUUUUUAUUUUUUUAUCAUACAUGAUCUUUGAAAACUGUGCCUAGUAAUAAAGAAAUCCUAAAACUCACUAGAAUCCUAUUUUAGUAUGGUAAAUGUUCUUGGUUCUAAAUUGGGUUGUUUUGUCUUGGUUUUUUUGUUUUUUGUUUUGUUUUGUUUUGUUGUUAAGAGCUAGAAAAAAGUAAAAGGAAGAAAGAAAUGAGAAUAAAUCAGAGAUGAAUUGAUUUGAAGAAUUCUUUUUAGAUUGUUUUGAUUGAAAGUGUUUGAGUCUACUCUAUCCUAAGAGUCGUGUGUUAGGACAGCCCUGGCAGCCUCCCUGUGAAGGACACACCUCCCUGUGGAUUUUUAUCCCUAGUGGCAAAGCUUGUAGCCAACCUUAGUGACAGAUUUGAAUAUACUAUGAAUGCACAAAUGGUUAGUUGCCUACUACCCAAACAUUUUUAAUAAACUUACCUAACCAGUGUUUAAUAUAAAAUGAUACAAAGGCUUUUUUCUGUUCCAAUGAGACUCUACAUUUUUAAGGAUAUUUUGUUUAUGGGUCUGUUAUAGGAAAUACAACUGCAAGAGAUAAUUGUAUAUAUAGUAAUAUUUAAAGUUUAUUUAAAGUUGAUUUAAGAGAGGAAUGCCUAGAUGUAUACUUUUCACCAGAACAUAUGGAAAACAUUGAAGAGAUGAAAGCCAGUUACGAUCCCGUCAUAGAAAUCACCAGGGUAACUAAACAGAGAAUCAUUCUUGUUUAGAAUAUUUAAAGGUAGCUAUCUUUUGUAAGGCCAACAAGGGUACCUUUGUGAUAUUUAAAGGGCUUAAAUUUUAGAAUGCUAGAUAAAUUACUUUUUAAAAAACAAAGCAUUUUAUAUAAGAAAAGCUUUGUUUUCAGUUUUUUUUUUUUUUUUCCAACUACCAAAUAGAUAGGAUGUGCUUUAGAAGCAAAGCUCUUCCCGUGUUGUCAGGAGUCGUAGCUCCUCGUGUCAGUCUUUGCAUUUCCAAACUCUAGCCUUCAGAGUGUAAUGUCAGGAAAUCACUAACUCAGAAACAGAAAUUUGACAGUAACCUUUACUUUAUGCGUUUAAAUUUUUCAAGAAAUGGAUGUAGAUAAAUGUUAAUAUCCACUUCCCUUAAUUGGCCAUUUUAAACAAUCCUAAUUUUUAUUUUCAGUUUAAUUUCAAGUUUAACCACAGUUCAUUAUAUUAAUAGGUUUUAUUUUGGGUUUUUGUGGAGUGUUUGUUUUUUUUUUAAGUUCACAGUUUUGCUAAGACAAAGUGUGCUAAGCUGUUUAGGUUUGACCGUUUGGAGUCCCAAUAGAUAAACAGGAUCCGUGUUAAGAUACAUUCCCUUUGCUAUAAAAAACAAACAAACAAACAUGCUUGUGUUUGUUAAACUGUUUUACUAAGAGUGAAGUAGUCAGGGCCUCUGAUUCGCUGAGUCACUGGUAACUCAGCUUCCUUCUAACUGCUGAGCCAGGCUCUCCUGUCUUAUAACUCAUCCCUGUUCCUUUGGAAGCUAUGUUAAGUCUUUCACUCCUUUAAAAAACAAAACAAAAACCUCUUAUUUUAUUCUCUUAGUCUAAUUACUAGAAGCCACUUUUGCAGAGCGCGUGUCCAUUUUCAGAUUAAGCUUUAGCCUGUUAGCUUUGGAGUCCCUGCAAGGUGCGUGACCAUACAGUGCUAUGCAGGUGGCUUCUCUACCAGGAUCACAGAGAAUGAUUUCUUAUGAUGGCAAAUGAAUGCUCGGUCCUCAAUUUUAACUGAAGAGAUUUUGAUUUGUAGAUGUAAUGAACAGGUGAAUUGGAAACUUGCAUUGUCCUGCAUCACUCAUCUGCCCCAAGGGCCUUCAAGCUCGGAAGUAUACAUCUUCGUGAAGGAGUGAUUUUUGAGUUCUUAACUAGGGGUGGGGGAAGGACCUAGGAAAGCUCACAUGGAGCAAACAGCCCCAAGGUAGGGGAGGAAGGUGAGUUUUCACUGCACUGCUAAGUGUUGCCAUCAGAUGUCUUUUUGUAUUUUGAUAGUAGAAACCAGAAGGCAAUGGACAAAAGUGAGGGAGUGGAGAGAUGGUAUUGUUGUAAACACAGCCAUGAGGAAUAUUUAUAACUAAAUACAUGUUUUAAAUGAGAUCAUCAAAGUUAAGAUUUCUUAUUUUGCUUAUACUAGUAUUUAUCCCUCUUUCGUUUUUGACAGAAUGUGGUGACAUAGGAUAGUUUUUAUGUGAAAGUCUUCAACAAAACAAAUUUACCAAAAUAGCAAUGGUUCAGAUAAACAAUGAAGUGGAAUCGAGCCAGUCCUCAGGCUGGUUAAGAAGUAGGCUAUAGAUGUUUCACUCUGGAUUAUACAUAAAUUGAGAUUUUUGCUGCAACCUAGAAACAUGAAUUAUGUUGAACAGGGAAUGAUACUGUUACUACCGGGAGUUAGACUGUUAUUAAUGUAUACUAAAGUGAUGAGCGAGACGCUUUCCCGAUAUCAUAAAUGUAUUUUUACAAUAGAAACAAUAGUUCCUGGGUUUGGAAGUAGUCACUGUAGAGUCAGACAGUGCUGCUGGAACCUUGCUUUGGCAGUGUCUGAACAGUGCUGCUGCUUUAACGGCUUCUGCAGCUUAGUAGUGCUCCCUCUGAGUGAGACCCAGGCCGGCUCCAGCAGACACAGGCUUCCUCUGUACACAACAAAAAACGUAGGAGUUCAGACCAUGAUUGAAAAACAUUAGAAUUAAUGUUUUUAUUAAAAAUGAAAGAAAAAUUAAGUUUUUAAGUGCCUAAUUUAUAUUCUUGUUUUCUAAGUUUAUUAAGCUUUGCUAAGCCUAAAAGCCCUGACUCAGUUGUGAUGAUUUCCUAGUAAAAUCACCAAGAAUCACUUGAGGAGCUAGAGUGUCAUGACUUUUACUGAAUUCCUUGUUUUCUUAAAUGCCAGUCUGACUACACCUAGAGGUUGACAGGUCAUCCUGUGAAUGAGCGUUCAUUACCAAAGCGCAUCGCCCACCCGCUGAGGAGUCAGCCUCUAGCUGCCCCAGGAGGGGUGGUAGUGUUGGCUUCGAGAUGGGGAAGCAUUUUCUGCAGUUCUGUUUUCCAGAGAGACCCUUUUCUGUGAUUAGUGCGCUUCCUGUGGUUUGUCAUGUUAGGUAGCAGUUCCCGGGUUGACAGCUGAUAUGGAAGGUCUUAUAUAUUGAGAAUGCAUUACAGUUGAAGGUUGCACUGCUUUUCUGCCCCCGAGAGUGAGUGGCAUUGGGUAUUUAGAAGUGAGGUAAUAAACUUAUUAUUUUGUUUAUACAAAAUGAUGGCUUCUGAUGCUUAUAUAUGAAGGUAUUGCUUAAAGAAACAACAGUCUCUGGUAGGGUAAAAUCUAGUUUUGACUCAAGUUCCAGUGAUGUAUUUAGUUUAUGGAUACUGGUGUCUCCUGUUGCAUCAGCUAGAUAUUGCCUGCCUCUUUGUUAAGGCACCCUUGUGGCACCUUACGUUCAACUUGAAGGAUGGUAUGUGGCCUCUUUGUGCCUCUACUGUCUUUUCAAAAGCCAUUUUAUAAAAAAUCUUAGGUAUUUUAAUAUUUAAAUAUAUAUAUAUAUUUGUGAAAGAUACUUUUAGAACGAACUUUUUUUUUAACGUUAAAAUUCCUGUAUUCCCAUUUUUAAGAGUAAACUAAAGAUUUUCCAGGCUUAGGACUAUCUUUUUUUCAGAACCAUGAUAAGAAAGUCAGAUUGAGGUAAUAAACCAGAGAGUUCGGUGAUGGGGAAAGAGAUGUCUGGUGAGAGGAGACUGAUUUAAAGGUGAAAACAAUGACUUUGAUGUAACAAAUUAACUUUUUAAAUAAAGUGUGGUUUUGCUCCUGUGAUUUCGUA